AUGACCCCCGACGAGCUCACGGACCGGGACGACGCGCCGUUCGCGAUCGAGAAGAAGCCUCCCGGGGCGCUCUCCGUGGACGACCUCACGAAAGAGAACGCGUCGCUGCACGAUGCACUGCGCGCGAUUCGCGGGAAGUGCGACGCGUCGUCCUUCUCCGCGGCGCGAGCGUCCGCGGCCAAGGCGAACGCGCUCGCGCACUUGCGCGCCGCGGAGGACCACGUCGCGUUACUCCUGAGCGAGUCCAGGGCGAAGGUGGACGCGCUCGCGAGAGAGGCGGAGAAAAAGACGCGCGCGUCGGCGUCGGCGUCGGCGUCGCGCGCGGCCCUCGCGACGAUGGACGCGAACGCGACGGUCGGAGAUGCCGGCGUCGCGUCCGACGCGGACGCGAAGGAGCGAGAGCUCGCGCUCCUGCGCGCGGAGGUUCGAGAGUACGCCGCGACGCAGGCGGAGAUGGACGCGGAAGCGGAGGAGCGCGACGCGGAGCUCAAGAACGCGUACGAUCACAUCGCGAAGCUGCAAGACGCGCUCCGGCGGAAGGUCAACACGGAGAGCAUCGGGGGAGCAUCGAAACGCCGGUCGGCGAACUCGGUAGACUCGGGCAACGGAGAUGGCGAUGGCGGGACGACAGAAAAUAUUGGGGCAGUGCAGGGUUUGUCGUCUAACUAA